GCUCCCCGCGGGGGGGGCGGGGCGGGGCCGCCGCGCCGAGCGGGGCCAUUUCAGCCGCCAGGCCGGGAUGCGCCCGGCGUCCCGCGGCUGCCCGCCCGCCGCCCUCUCGCCCGCGGGGCUGCGGCGCUGAUCGCCCCUGCCCUUCUCUCCUGCCCGCCCACCGCUCUGCCCCAUACCAGCCCCUUCCACCUCUGCCGCCGGCAGCGCCAUGGCGGCCCCCAGCAGCAUCGUGCCCGUCAUGGCGAGUAAAACCAAGACCAAGAAAAAGCACUUCGUGGCGCAAAAAGUGAAGUUGUUCCGGGCUAGCGACCCGCUGCUCAGCGUCCUCAUGUGGGGGGUCAACCACUCGAUCAAUGAACUGAGCCAUGUUCAAAUCCCUGUUAUGUUGAUGCCAGAUGAUUUCAAAGCAUACUCAAAGAUAAAGGUGGACAAUCACCUUUUCAACAAAGAAAACAUGCCAAGUCAUUUCAAAUUUAAAGAAUAUUGUCCAAUGGUUUUCCGGAAUCUAAGAGAGAGAUUUGGAAUUGAUGAUCAAGACUUUCAGAAUUCAUUGACAAGAAGUGCACCCCUUGCCAAUGAUUCCCAAGCACGCAGUGGUGCCCGCUUUCACACAUCUUACGACAAAAGAUAUAUCAUCAAAACUAUAACAAGUGAAGAUGUAGCAGAAAUGCACAACAUACUCAAGAAGUACCAUCAGUUUAUUGUGGAGUGUCAUGGGAAUACACUUCUUCCCCAGUUUUUGGGCAUGUACCGGCUUACUGUGGAUGGAGUUGAAGUAUAUAUGGUUGUUACAAGGAAUGUGUUCAGCCAUCGCUUAUCUGUUUAUAGAAAAUAUGAUUUAAAGGGCUCUACUGUGGCUCGAGAAGCCAGUGACAAAGAAAAGGCCAAAGAGCUGCCGACGUUCAAAGACAAUGAUUUUAUUAAUGAUGGCCAAAAGAUUCAUAUUGAUGAGAAUAACAAAAAGAUGUUCCUUGAGAAACUCAAAAAGGAUGUUGAGUUCCUUGCUCAGUUAAAACUCAUGGACUACAGCUUGCUGGUCGGAAUUCAUGAUGUUGAAAGAGCUGAACAGGAAGAAGUAGAGUGUGAAGAGAAUGAUGGAGAAGAGGAAGGUGAAAGUGAUGGGACCCACCCUAUUGGAACCCCUCCAGACAGUCCAGGAAAUACACUGAACAGCUCACUGCCUUUGGCUCCAGGGGAAUUUGAUCCAGCUAUUGAUGUUUAUGGAAUAAAAUCCCAUGAAAAUGCUCCCAGGAAGGAGGUGUACUUCAUGGCCAUUAUUGACAUUCUUACUCAUUAUGAUGCAAAAAAGAAAGCUGCUCAUGCUGCAAAGACAGUAAAGCAUGGGGCUGGUGCAGAAAUUUCAACUGUUAAUCCAGAACAGUAUUCAAAGCGCUUCUUGGACUUUAUUGCCAACAUCUUGACGUAACCUAUCAUGUUACAUAGGACAGACACGAGACCUGGGGACAGCAGCAAUGGCUACAAGUGUAGGGAAAAAAAGGAACUCAGAGAAGCACUCAUCUUACAGAAAGCAACCCCUUUGUUUACAUCUGCUGGCAAAGAUGACUGAAGUGGGGUGGAGUACUCGCUUUAACAGCUGCCUGAUAUUCCCAGCAUAGUUCUAGCUAUUUCUGACUCUUUUGUGUGUGCAAAAAAAAAAUUUAAAAUAAUUUAAAUAAAUAGAACAGCUUACUCAGAGUGCACUGUGACAGUAAUACUCUGAUGCUACCAGCUGAAAUGGAAUAAAUGAGCAAAGAGGUGUGGGGUGGGGGUGGGGAAGAGUAAAUGCAUGUUAAAUCUACAAUAUUGAUAUCAAACUGUAAACUGUGGAUCAGUUUAUAUUUUGAAAAAAGAUACAUGACAGUAUUCUUCAUGAUGAUGGUGAUAAUAAUGAAGACCUUACUGCGAAUGUUACACUUACACCCUGCACACUGGCACUCCUUAAAAACACAGCUGCAACAGCCCUUGGUGCCGGAGGCUUUUCCCAUUUGGUUCCUAGCAGUUGGGUUUUGUCCUUUUCUUUCCUCCCUCUCUUUUUUGUCUUCUUUUUCAGCACAUUGCAUCAGGAAGUUCAGCCUCUCAGACAUCUGAGAGCUGGCAUCUCUUACCUUACCAAGAGCUAACAUCAUUCAUGCUAUGUGUACAUUUUUGCUAUAGUAAACUUACAUUAAGGGAAAAUUUUGCUUAUUUCUCUUUGUUACCUGAAGUUUUCAUUUGUUUUAUAUUCUUGCGAUAUAGGAACUAAUAAUGUUACAAGUGUAAAAGUAGCUUAUCUGAAGAAGUGCAUAGUUUUGGGCAAUAGUAGCUCCAUCUUCUACCCAUCCUGAAAGAUGUGCACACUGAUAGAAAUUCCAUUCCCUUGUAAUUUACUGGGAAUUUGAAGUUUAAAUGCUUAUGUUGUACUGUUGAAAUAGCAGUAUUUUAUUAUAGAUUAUCCCUUGAAAAAUGAACCCUGAAUUUUACUGUUUACAUUAUUAGGAAAGCAGGGAUAUUUCUGAAUUUCAGAGCCGUGUACAAUAUAAGACUUUUGAGUUUACAUGUAAAGUUAUUUUGCAGUACAAAUGAAGUAAUGUUUGUCAUCUUCCAAGAGGUAAUAUGCAGUAGUGUACUAAAGUGAAUGUCUCGCUCACCUCCAUGAUAGACUCUUUUACAAUAAAAUGCGAAAGGAUAUUUUGGAGGGAUUUUUCCCAAGGUUGUCUUUCAGCAUCAAAAUGACCUGUCCUACCAUUUACUCAAUUUUGAUUGUAUAGUACAUUGCCUGAAACUGUGCUGAUCAUGUUUAACUUGUUUAAAAUUUUUAAACAACAUUGUAUUCCUUCUCCUCUUGUGUUUUUCCCUGAAAGACUCCAUGCUUGAAAGAGACAAAUUUACAUAUGCUUAAAAGUUUAUCUACUUAUACACUGUGCUAAAGCUGUGCCUUUAAAAUUUCUUUAUUGAAAUUGUUAGAUUUUGUAGGCAACAUAAGAGAAGUCAAACCUCCCUCUCAUCAUUUCUAACUGGGAUCAGGAGUGCCAGCAUGCCUUCUCCAUAACCAGUGUCAGUGCUGCUCCGCCUGCAACUCUGCAUAACCUGUGUUGUGGUUCACUUCAGAGGAGCCCCUGCAACAGCAGCCCCUUAAUUACACUUCCAGUGGCCAAAGGCAAUACUAUCCCUAUUGCUGUGUACUAAUUUUUCUUCCUUUCCCCAACCUUUCCCACAGGGAUUUUUGUUACGUUUGACUUAGUGAUGUCUGCAGCACUGUAAUGUAUGUGUAUACUUUUGUAUUGUAUGUAUUUAAAUAAGUUGGUACUGUGGCUUGAUUUUUUUUUUUUUUCUCCUCUCCCUAAACACCCUGGUUGUCUAUGUUCUCACCCAAGUUUCGUUUUCUGAAGCUUCUGAAGGUAUGAGGCCACAGGGAGACCCUGGAGUAAAAAUAAGGUACUCAGAGUACAUAUUUAAUUACGGCCAACGAGUGUACAUUUUAGACCAUUUUAGACAUUUACAGCAAAGCAUUCUUUUUGUCUGUGUAGCAUUUUUGUCACUCACUCUUGUUGAUAAACUGUUUAUUUGGACAGGGCAAGGAAGACUCAUUAUUGUGUAUGUUAGUGCUUAGAUUACACUCCAAACAUGAGCAAGGCUUUAUAAAAUAAAGCACUUUGAUGACUCA